AUGGCUUCACCAGGAGUUAGUCUUCAACUCGUUUCUCAACGUUGGCUCGAGCACCACUAUGAUCAUGUGGUAUGGAAAUUAGGAUGCACGGCUUUGCGUUUCUCUACGCAAGCGAAAAAUCCGCUUCCGGAAAAUUACUUCAGUCCACAUCACGUACUGUUGCGUCUGCGCUACCGAUAUGAUCGUGAACUGGAUGCAGUAGAACGUCCCGCUUUACGUCGUAUAGUCGAACUGGAUGACACAGCAGCUCGACGCCUGGUGCUUUGUGUUUCCGAACUGGAUACUAGUAACCCUAGCCUGAUCAAGGCUCGCCUAUCUGACGGCUGGUACCAGUUAGUUUGGCAACUGGAUCCCGCACUUGCCCGUCAGGUUCGUUCAGCCCGGAUUCGGGUCGGCUGCAAACUGGUUACUGUUGGUGCCGAACUAGUUUCUGUCGACUCGGUAACUGGAGUAUCAGAAACCGCGCGUAGUGUUCAUACUCGUCCCACCGGUGGAUCUAGUGAUCCGAGUUUCGGGCAUCUGUUUGAAUCCGAUGGAGCUGCUGUUGGCGUGGCGCUGAAAUUGCACGGCAAUUCCACUCGGCCUGUUCCUUGGCACACUAAACUGGGUUUCUCAGUUGCACAGCCUAAAUCUGGCAGUGGUCUUUAUCCUGUUGCAUUGUGUUCUCUGGCCGUGGACGGAGGUCUGUGUACCGCUAUUCGUGUUGUCAUACAGCGUCGUUAUCCUAUGCAAUAUAUGGAAACCGUGGACCCACCGGAUGGUCUGGAUAAAGAUACUGCUGAUGUCACCGGUAGUACUUCCAAAGUCACUUCAUGGAAGCGUCACAUUUUCCGGAGUGAACGAGCAGAACAAGCGGAAGCAGCACAUCACGAUACGCUAAAGCAGAACGCCCUAGAUCGUGUUCUAAAUGAUCUGGUCCCGAGCAAACCAGGUGAUGAAGCUCUCCCAGUUGGUUAUCGUCAACGACGUCGGCAACCCACAUUGUCUGAAUUAAAAUCACUGGGCAACGAUGGUGAAGCUCUUUUCAACAUUGUCAUGAGCGCUCUGGACCCAACCGAAGUCGAAGCGGACUUGUCUGAUUCACAACGGAAUGCGAUUCAUGAGUACCGAGAAACCGCACUGCGUCACGCAGUUGCUGAAGCCACUCCGGUUAGGAAGGUGACCCCACUUCUACGCAUUCGUGUGGCCGGUCUGCAUCCAAAAGAUUUGGAAACUAAUUGCGUUGUCCCCCUAACAUUUUGGAAUCCAACGGACGAACUUUUAUCGCUGAUCAAAGAAGGCGAACCGAUGGAAAUCUAUCGUUUACAGGUCUCCACCACACGCACCUCAGAUCCUUUCGUUCCUCCGAAUCCACCACAUCAUGACGGUUGCAUAGAGCCAGGCACGGUAUUAAGUCUUUCGGGUAGUCGCAACACCACGAUUCGUCCUCUAAUCUCCACGGCGAAGCAAUCAGAAAAUACAGAUGCCAGUGAUUUAGUCGAUGAGAACUUGAUUUCACAGGUUUAUGAGCCUCGUUGCGCUCUGUCGGUUGCCGAUUGCCAACGUCUGUUCGCUGUUUCACCUCAGGGUUUUCGAGCACCUCAACCUGAUCCAGGUUUUUUGGAGGUCGAUCUUCGUUGCACUGUUGUUGUAGUGCACAGCUCCAAUUCCUCCGAGCGGAUUAUCGCACCAUCUUUUGGUCGUGGCGCCGCAGAUCCCACUGCGUCAACAAGUAAAUUUCAAAACUCCACGGUAGAUUCGGUGUACGUGACGGACAUAGAUGCUGAAACAGAAGGUUGUCUAGCUGUGGUAAAACUUUGGGGUGGUCUCCAGGUCCAUCACCUGUCCGGUUUGAUUCGUCGAGGUCAGGCAGUGCAUUUCACGGAUCUGCAACUUCGUCAUCGUCAGAUUCAUUCCAGUACAUCAGUAGUCGACCCGGAAACUGGCCUAAAAUCUGCUCCCAUUCUGACACUUCACUACACCGUGGCCAGUAAUGUGACGGCGGACAAGACGACGAAACCGGUCUGGCGUUCGACGCGUUUGUCCGAGUCCAAACCGCAAGUUGCUCAUAAUCGACUUGAUUCUCACCUGGAUCAACUAGCGCGGCUGGCUGAAUCUCACUGGUCCUCUAAUUCUCCAUCGUUCACUCCGUACUCGGUACCUACUCGACGCCUCCCCGCCUACACCCGUACUCCGGCAAAAUCUGGUUUGGCCUCCCUACUCAACACAGGGACUCCUCAGGACACCACUCCCAUUUCUCGGUCCAGGGAAAGACCGCAGUUGCAAACACCCACUCGUCAACCACAGUCCUUGAAACAGUGUCUUGAAUGGCACUCACGCACCAUAUACCCAAAAGCAAGUAUUUCAAAAGCCGCACCACUGAUUAAACGCGCAGUGCGCUCUACUCCUCGCACAGGCCUGUCUCGUCACAGUCGACCUCGUACCGUGACUGUUCUCCCCACCACCACGCUACCGCCUGUGUCGGGGACCGUUGAGACGUCUUCUCAUUCAUCGUCCGUGUCAACUGAUUGUGCUCUACGGCCUUCGAUUUCUGAACCCACAAACCCUAAUCCGCUCGCGUUCGAAGAGGAUCAGUUCUGCACGACACCACAACCAAAAGCGAAACGUCGACGGACUUCGCCUGCCCCAUUACCGGACGGAUAUCAGAUCGCUACCCCGAACAAGAUGGACAUUCGUGAAUCGGACAGUAUCCCUUCGCUAUCGAAAUCUAUUCUGGAAGAUACUCCAGAUUUACUGUGUUCACCGGUCUAUUCGGGUUCCGUGCAUCCGGGAUCUCCACUUCAACUGUCUCAUCCACCCGUUGAGUCAUCGUCACCGAUGUUGUCCUCCGGUGAGCUGCCAGCCGAGGAUUUGGAUGUGAGUAUUGCGGAUCUGGUGAAAACUCGUCGACGCGCGGCACGUUCGUUUCAGGCCAGCUCCACACCGACACGGACCAAAUCCAGACAGUUCUUAGCUCCGCCGCAAUAG